UAACUUAUUAAAUAGAUGCGCAUUGUAGCCAUUUAAUAACUGCUUUAUAGGUUGUGACAAUUGAUGCUGAAAGCCCUGAUUACAACUAGACCUUUGCGUUGUCAGAAUAUCAUCAAGUUUUCUUGUUUACCUGUGCUGAGAUAUAAAAUGAGCGCUGCAGAAGGAGAAACGAUCAGUAAAAAUGAGCUUAAAAGGCGACAGAAGGCAGAAAAGAAGGCCAAAGAAAAAGAAUUGAAGGCCACAGAUGACAACGCUAAUACUGGAACUAAUGCACCAUCAAAUACAAUAUCGGAGGCUGAUUUGGAUCCUAAUCAAUAUUUCGAGAUGCGGUCAGCGUCUAUUCAAAGACUGAAAGCAACAAGUAACAGGAACCCUUAUCCUCACAAGUUCAAUGUGGAAGUUUCUCUGAAAAACUUUAUUAAAAAUUUCAGUUCGGUCGAAAAUGGACAAGUCGACGAGUCAAUUGUUACGUCGGUUGCAGGCAGGAUUCAUUCAAAAAGAGCAUCUGGGAAGAAGUUGAUCUUUUACGAUUUACGGGCGGAAGCGGUCAAGAUCCAGAUAAUGGCUAAUGAUAAAUACUACAAGAGCAGCGAGGAGUUCGAACAAGACGUAGACACACUUCAUCGAGGCGAUAUUGUCGGAGUGACAGGUCAUCCAGGGCGAACAAAGUUGGGUGAACUCAGCAUAGUUCCCAAGAAAAUUACCCUUCUUAGUCCGUGCCUACACAUGUUACCUCAUUUGCAUUUUGGCGUCAAAGAUAAGGAAACUAGGUUCAGACAAAGAUAUUUAGACUUGAUCAUCAACGAAUCUGUGCGAGACGUUUUUAUAACUCGAACAAAAAUCAUUUCUUACGUCAGGAACUUCCUGGACAACAUGGGAUUUCUAGAAGUGGAAACUCCCCUCAUGAACAUGAUUGCGGGUGGCGCAACAGCUAAGCCUUUCGUAACACACCACAACGACCUGCACAUGAAUCUGUUCAUGCGAGUCGCCCCCGAGUUGUACCUGAAGAUGUUGGUAGUGGGUGGCUUCGAUAGAGUUUAUGAGAUUGGACGUCAAUUUAGAAAUGAAGGUAUCGAUAUGACUCAUAAUCCCGAAUUCACUACCUGUGAGUUCUAUAUGGCCUACGCGGAUUAUGAAGAUCUAAUGAAGAUGACAGAGCAACUUCUACAUGGUCUAGUGAAAGCUUUGUUUGGCAAGUCGACAGUGUCCUACUACCCAGAGGGAGAAGAGAUGGGGCCGAAGGAAGUAGAUUUCACGCCUCCCUUCAAAAGAGUUCACAUCAUCCGAGACCUGGAGAAGAUCCUAGGUGUCACUUUUCCUGAUGCCACCACUUUCCACACUGAAGAGGCGCGUAAGUGUUUGGAUGAUAUCUGCGUGAUGCGAGAAGUUGAUUGCAGCAACCCUAGAACCACCGCUAGAUUGCUGGACAAGCUAGUCGGUGAGUAUCUGGAACCUUCCUUCGUCAAUCCUACCUUCCUUUUGGGUCAUCCACAUGUCAUGUCACCAUUGGCCAAAUGGCACCGUUCCGAACCUGGGCUGACUGAACGAUUCGAACUAUUCGUGCUGGGCAAAGAACUAUGCAAUGCUUACACUGAGUUGAAUGACCCAGUAGUGCAACGAGAGAGGUUUGAGGAGCAGGCAAAACAGAAGGACGCAGGAGAUGACGAGGCGCAGUUGGUGGACGAGAACUUCUGCACUUCGCUGGAGUACGGACUCCCCCCGACUGCGGGGUGGGGACUGGGAAUAGACCGACUCACUAUGUUCCUUACAAAUCAGAACAACAUCAAAGAAGUGCUCUUGUUCCCAGCUAUGAAGCCGGAGCAAGCCUCGACCUCUGAGCAGAACGGAACUGCAGUUGAAGGCGCCAUUGGAGAUGCAAAAGGAAAAUGAUGGACAGAAUGUGAACUCAAUGACUAACUGCUGUUGUUGUUUGUUUCGUACUUGCAGCUUUUCGUCUAAUAUGAUUUACGAUUGAAAUGUUGAUAAAGGUUAUGAUGGUAGUGGAUUGAGAUUGGCAGAUUAUUGAGUACGAACAUGACUUCAAUACAGCCACUUGCAAAACAUUUUCUUGA